UAGUGUAACACUCACACACCAGGGGGAAUAGUAGUGUAACACUCACACACCAGGGGGAAUAGUAGUGUAACACUCACACACCAGGGGGAAUAGUAGUGUAACACUUACACACCAGGGGGAAUAGUAGUGUAACACUCACACACCAGGGGGAAUAGUACAGGUAAGUAGAGGGCUCAGUGCCACCAAUCAGAGACAAGGGUUAGACUUACAGGUGGGCAGUGAGGGGUUGGUGAGUAGAGAAGACAGUUAGUCUGACAAGUAACAGAAAUGGAGGAGAGUGUCAGGGACAGAGAAAUCUUUAAUGAGCUGCGCCAGGAGGGGAGACUGUGUGACGUGAUUAUCAGUGUGGGAAGUGUCAGCUUUAGUGCCCAUAAAAUCAUCCUGUGCGGCUGCAGCUGCUACUUCAGACAGUUGUUCACGGGCUCUUGGAGUGAGCCAAAGAGAUGGCACUUCACUAUUCCCGGCCUCUCGCCAGAGAUGAUGAGACUGAUCUUGGAUUUCGCUUACACGGGGGUCGUGGUUGUCACCGCAGACAACGUGGAGGAGCUGUUUGUCGCCGCAGAUCAGUUUAACAUUAUGGGCAUGGUCAGAGCCUGCAUGGACUUCAUGGGGUCCCAGCUGCACCCCGAGAACUGCCUGGGCAUCUGGAAGUUCACCCAGUAUUACUUGUGCCCGGAGUUGGGCCAGAAAGCCCACACCUACCUUCUGCGCCACUUCCAACAGGUAGCGAGCGCGUCGCACGAGUUCUGCACUGUGGCCCCCGAGGAUCUGGCAGAGAUGAUUGAGUCCGACGAGCUCAAUGUCCAACAGGAGGAGGCGCUGUUUCAGCUCAUUGUGCAGUGGAUCAAAGUGGAGCCAGAGACCCGCAGACACUCCAUCUCUACUCUCCUGCCCAAGGUGCGCCUGGCCCUGAUUGCUACAGACUAUUUGCUGAACACGGUGCAGGAACACGAGUACGUGAAGCUCAGUGGCCCAUGCCAGUCUCUUAUCACCAAUGCCCUCAGGCUAAGGUACAGCCUCAACAUGAAUGGACCCUCUGCCUCUGAUUUUAAGAACCCGCUGACCAGGCCCCGCCUUCCAUACAACAUCUUAUUUGCUAUUGGAGGCUGGAGUGGGAGGAGCCCGACCAGUGCCAUUGAGGUGUACGACGUGCAAGCAGACCGAUGGACAGAAUUUGAAGGGCACAGUCCCAGAGCAUAUCACGGGGCAGUGUUCUUGGGCGGAUUCAUCUAUGUCAUGGGCGGCUUUGACAGUGCGGACUAUUUUAACUCAGUGAAAAGGUUCAGUUUGGCCCAGAAGACCUGGGAGGAGGUGUCCCCCAUGCACACCCGCCGGUGUUACCUGAGUGUGGCGGUGCUGGAUGGAUAUAUCUAUGCCAUGGGGGGGUUUGAUGGCUACGUGCGACUCAACACAGCGGAGAGAUAUGAACCCCACACCAACCAGUGGUCACUAAUUGGCACCAUGCACGAGCAGAGGAGCGAUGCCAGCGCCACCGUGCUACACGCAAAGGUCUAUAUAUGUGGGGGCUUCAAUGGCAACGAAUGCCUGUCCACAGCCGAGGUCUAUAGCCCUGACACCAACCAGUGGACCCUGAUUGCGCCAAUGAGCAGCAGGCGGAGUGGAGUGGGCGUGAUCACCUUUGGGAACCAGAUAUAUGCGGUGGGCGGCUUUGAUGGGAGCGACCGAUUAAACAGCGCCGAGUAUUACGACCCGGCCUAUAACAGCUGGAGCGACGCCCCACCCAUGUUCAACACUCGAAGUAACUUUGGCAUCGAAGUGCUGGGCAAUCGCCUCUAUGUAAUGGGAGGUUUCAACGGGGCCACCACCACCUGUAACGUGGAGUAUCUGGAUGAGAAAGCCAACGAGUGGUUUGAUGCCACCGACAUGAGCGUAUUCCGUAGUGCCCUCAGCUGCUGUGUACUACCCGGAGUGCCCGACGUAUGGGACUUUCUGCAGCGCCCUGACCACCUCCAGUCAAGUCCUGACCAAUAACAUUCUCCAAUGGAACCCAACUUGAGAUCUGGCUAAUGGAAUUCUAAGAAAAUUCAAUAAAAUGAAAUAAAAACAGCAAA